AUGGAGCGGGACUACCGGGGCCUGGGUCGCUGCGUGUGCUGCUUCUGGCUGGCGGUGGCCUUCGACGCGGUGGGGCUGGGGGUGCUGCUCAUCGGGGUGUUCGUCAACAUCUUCUUCUACGACCUGCUCAUCUACGCGGGCGCCAUCAUCAUCUUCCUCAGCCUGAUCUGGUGGGUGUUCUGGUACUCGGGCAACAUCGAGGUGGCCCCGGCCGAGCUGGAGGACGAUGUGGGGCUGCUGAAGAAGAACAAGGGCGCUCUGGGCGGCAUCACCGGCGCGGUGCGGCGCAUCGGCAGCCGCGUGUCCGGCAGCAUCCGGACUUCGCUGCGCAGGAACGGAGGGCCGUCGGGCAGCCGGAGGUCGGCGGCGGCGGCGGCGGCGAGGCCACCGGCGGGGUCACCGGCGGCCCCGCAGGCGGAGCAGGUGGUCGUUGCCAUGGCGACGAUGGCCCCGCAGGAGAACGCAUCGCACGCGGCUGUCUCCUGUGACGUGGGGAUGCCGCACACCGCGACAGAGACCUCACCUGCGUGACGAGGCCCACAGAGACAUUAGUUCCAUGAAGCACACAACUGAGGAGGAUCAGGCCUACAAAACUACCUUUUGUCGCCUCCAGUCGACGCUAAACUUCUUCACUGUUUGUGUUUUAAUGAGAAAUUAUUAUUGUGAUUUUAUCGUGUGUUGUACUGUUGCAGAAACGUGUGCCACCAGAAACUCAAUCUGACUGAUUUAUAUUUGUACUUGUAUUGCACAGCUUGAAUAAUUGUAAAUAAAGAUUUUAAUUUUGAAUCACGUAAUUUGAAUUUGUAUUUAUUAAAUUGAAGCAUUCUUCCUAUAAACUUGAAAUUGAAUUCUGUUAUUUUAAUCCUCGAUAAAAAUUCAACUCUCUACAUUUGGUCUCAUCAUAUGAUUCAAAUUCA